CUAACCCAGCAGUGCUUAGGAAAGACAGAUAGAGUCAGGCAGCGGCAAGGGGUGGCUGUACGACCCUCUUUUGGGGGGGGUCUGAUUAUUACAAAAAAAUAUACACACAUAUAUGCAUGCCCCGGCCGCAAGAUAGGUCAUAUGACGAUAAUAGGUAUUUUAGAAAGCAUAUAGCUAUAUAUCUAUACAUUUAAGAUGCCUAUUUUACUUUUCCUGAUAGACACGUCCGCUUCUAUGAAUCAGCGCACUUAUUUGGGUACGACGUAUCUGGACAUUGCUAAAGGCGCGGUUGAGAUCUUUAUGAAGCUGCGUGCCCGAGACCCGGCUAGUAGAGGCGACAGGUACAUGCUAGUUACAUUCGAUGAUCCACCAUACGGAGUUAAGGCGGGCUGGAAGGAGAACCAUGCCACGUUUAUGAGUGAACUGAAGAACCUGCAGGCGUCUGGACUGACAACUCUGGGUCACGCUCUCCGCGCGGCCUUUGACCUACUCAACCUAAACCGCCUUGUCUCUGGCAUCGACAACUAUGGACAGGGCCGUAACCCGUUCUUUCUGGAGCCUUCGGUGAUCAUCACCAUCACGGAUGGGAACAAGCUGACUCACACCUCUGGGGUGCCGGAUGAGCUUCACCUGCCCCUGACCUCUCCACUGCCAGGCAGUGAGCUGACCAAGGAGCCAUUCCGGUGGGACCAGCGGCUCUUCGCCCUGGUGCUGCGUCUCCCUGGGGCAGCCACGCCCGACAGCGAGCAGCUGGGCAGCGUCCCCAACGACGAGUCUGCCAUCACCCAGAUGUGUGAGGUCACUGGAGGUCGGUCAUACUGUGUACGGACUCAGAGGAUGCUGAACCAGUGUCUGGACUCUCUGGUCCAGAAGGUUCUGAGUGGUGUCGUCAUCAACUUUGAAAAGACAGGGCCAGAUCCGCCUCUGGUAGGCGAAGAUGGUAUGGUUGACCCGAGCCGGCCCGUGUUGUCCUUCAGCCCACAGCCCUGGCACAGCUGCCACAAGCUCAUCUACGUGCGACCCAACCCCAAGACAGGGGUGCCUGUAGGCCACUGGCCCAUCCCCGAGUCCUUCUGGCCGGACCAGAACUCCCCCGCUCUGCCUCCUCGCUCUGCCCACCCCAUGGUGCGUUUCACCUGUGUGGACUGUGAGCCCAUGGUGAUUGACAAGCUGCCCUUUGACAAGUACGAACUGGAGCCCUCGCCACUCACCCAGUAUAUCCUGGAGAGGAAGUCCCCACACAUGUGCUGGCAGGUCUUUGUGAACAGUAGUGGAAAGCACAGUGACCUAGCCCAGCCCUUUGGCUACCUGAAGGCCAGCACCACUCUCUCCUGUGUCAACCUCUUCGUCAUGCCUUACAACUACCCAGUUGUUUUGCCACUCCUUGAUGACCUGUUUAAAGUGCACAAACUGAAGCCAAACCUAAAGUGGCGGCAGGCCUUUGAGAUCUACCUGAAGACCAUGCCUCCUUACUUUCUCUUGCCAUUGAAGAAGGCACUGCGAAUGAUGGGAGCGCCCAACCUCAUCUCCGACAACAUGGACUGUGGCCUCAGCUACAGUGUCAUCUCCUACCUAAAGAAGCUUAGCCAGCAGGCAAAGAUGGAGUCGGAUCGCCUGAUCGUGUCUGUAGGGAAGAAGGCUCCCCAAGAGACUGGGAUAAAGGUGAAGAACCACUCCAACACCCUGUCCCUGGCCCACCGCAAAGACUUCAAGCAGCUGCUGCAGGGUAUCACUGGAGAGAUGUCCCUCCGCCUUGCAGACAUCAACUUCAAGGAGUUUGCCGGCUUUCAGAUUGCACUGCUCAACAAGGAUCUAAAGCCUCAGGCGUAUCGAAACGCCUAUGACAUCCCAAGGAGGAACCUUCUGGAUCAGCUGACACGGAUGCGCUCCAACCUUCUGAGGACUACUCAGAAACUUAUCAGAGGACAAGAUGAAGACUACCUUCACAGUAUACCCAUGGUUCAGAUGGGCAACUAUCAGGAGUAUCUAAAGAUGAUGCCGUCUCCUCUGAGAGAGAUCGACCCUGACCAACCCAAACGCCUGCACACCUUCGGCAACCCAUUCAAACAGGACAAGAAGGGGAUGAUGAUUGAUGAGGCAGAUGAGUUUGUAACGGGUCCCCAAAGCAAGAAGAGAGGUGUUACUGGGGACCCCAACUCGGGGGCUGCUCUGAAGAGAAGGCGGAGCAUGUCCCCUUUACUGCGUCGGCCCCAGACUCCACCAAUCAUCACCAACCAUGUAGUGGGGAAGGGGUCCAAUGGGAACGGGGUCCAGGGCCAGCCUGGCAUCAAGCCCAUCCCACUGCACAAAGGUAGGGGAGCAGAGGGGAACAGCAUGCUGGGCACAGAGAAUAACGGGGAGGGGGGUGUGGGGCCUGAAUCAGGGGACGGCUGGCCUGGAGUGGUGGUGGACGGUGUGGGAGGGGGCACAAAUGCACUCAUCCUGGAGGAGAGAGAGAAUGAGAGGCCUGGGAUGUGUGCGGGGGACAGUGGGGAGGACAGUGGCGUGGAGGAGGACAGGUUAGGGGAGGGUGGCCUGGAUGAGCGGCCCCCCUCAGAGAGACAGCAGCAAAGCUGUGAGGGGGACCAGGAGGGAGAGCUGGAGGGAGAUGAAAAUGGAGCAGACCAAGCUGAGCCUGAGGCGGUCACCAUAGCCCCACUAGAUGGCAGCAAUGCUGAGCUGCGCACACGGGUCAUCAAGGAGGUCCGCAAACCUGGCCGCAACUAUGAGACCAUAUUCAGGCUGCUGGAGGAGGUGAAGGGGUCUGUGACGGUCCAGAGGUACUUCAUCCAUCACGCGAUCAAGGAGGCUGCCAGGUUUAAGAAGCGGGUGCUGAUCCAGCAGUUGGAGACAGCUCUGGAGUUGAUUGAGGAGAAGGAGCUGCAGCUCCCUGCUGUCCGCCUCAACAACGACCAUGGUAGAUAGUGAAGAAGUGGCCUGCAGGGGUCCCUGCUCAGAAUCACAAAGAUAUGUACAGGAACAGGGUACUCUCCUUCACAAGACAUGGACAGGAACAGGGUACUCUCCUUAACAAGACAUGGACAGGAACAGGGUACUCUCCUUAACAAGACAUGGACAGGAACAGGGUACUCUCCUUAACAAGACAUGGACAGGAACAGGGUACUCUCCUUAACAAGACAUGGACAGGAACAGGGUACUCUCCUUAAUAAGACAUGACUUACACAUGGUCCAACAACACCCCAUAGGAUGUAAAGUUGAAAGAAGGAGGCAAUAGAGGAGACGACAGAGGGCUGAGAUCCCUCCCUAUCUAUGUGUUGUGACAUUGUGCCUCAACAGCACUCACACAUGGAGAUGGAAGGGUCAGGGGUUAUAAUUCAGGAGGGAGGAGGAGGGUAGGGCCAGAGCCAGACCAAUGUGGAGAUAAGUUAAGAGACUCUGGAUGUAAUCCACUCCAAUAGUGACUGAUGCCAUUGCUGACCAUAUGGCUAAUUCAGUUUGUCCACAGACAUUGAUUAAUUCACACACACCAUAGACUUAGAUAGACAUCACAUCAUUGUAUCUGUCUCUUUAUGCCGUCUGUGAGAGCAUGGGCAGUGCCAUUGAGGCCAUCUCCAUUUUGAAGUAGCCCAUUUUCUUAUUCUACUACUUCUAUGAGUUGGUAAACAAACUGAAAGGGCGCAUACUAUCCUCUAGAAUGUGUUGUUUGAACAGGUAUAAAGCCAAGGUUUUGCUCACAAGUGUAAUUAUUUGGCUUGUCCCUUCAUGUGAUCCUUCCUGAACCCAUAGGAAGUCCCACCCAGUUGACUACUUCAAAAUGGUGAAAGUCCUUAAUGGCGCUGCCCAUGCUCAAACUGGCUUUUGGGCACUAGUUCUCUAUAUUUCUCUAUGACACACACACACACACACACACACACACACACACACACACACACACACACACACACACACACACACACACACACACACACACACACACCUUUUGAAUCAGGUCUUAGUGCAGUUCUGAUUAGUCAUUAUAGGACAGGAAGGAUUUUUCAUGUGAGGCAUGUAAUAAUGGAACUCUUAUUACAGCAAUUUUCCAUGUAGUGUAAUUACUAGUAAUACUGGUAAUGACUAUUGACAAUACAGCUGUAGGAUAACUGUGCUCACAUUACAGUUUAGAGCAAUAAGGAUAUCUGCCGACUGAUCAGAAGGUUUAACAUUAGCCUAUUUAUGUUUGGCCUAAAUAUAUACAUUUGAUGUAAGAAACACACUGUGUACUAACUACAUAGGCGUUGUGGCUCACAUGAGAAAUCUGAUCUACCUCAAGUCUUCUAGGUGUUGGAGUGCUGUGGGUAUUUUGUGCUGCAUGGGCCUGCAGGACAAUAAUACCAUGUCAAAUCACAUACUGACCUAAGAUGCCCUCCAUGGAUCAACUGUCCCAGCAUGGGAGCUGUUCUCAAAGCAAUAGCACACUUCAUGUAGGUUAUGUUCAGUAACAUGUGGACUUGGUUCAGUAAAACAUUGGUGCAGUCACUGAGAGGACGCUAGCUGUUGGGGUCCAUCUUGAGGGACUGGAGCCUGGCCUGCUGUCUCCACUCUCUCUCUCCCUGCCUUCUCCUCGGCACUCUAGUGCACUAUAUACGGAAUAGGGUGCCAUUUUGGAAGCGCCCCAAGUGUCACAGUCUCCCCAUUGAUUCUCCCCUGGAAGAACUGUGUGGUCAACCAAAAUCUCUGCUCCCCGUUCGUCGGUCACCUUUUUCUGGACUAGCACAGCUUGGGAACAACCAACCUGUAUUUCAGAGAACAAACACAAGCUACCCAUUUCUCUUUUGUCUUCCCCCCCAAAGUUUCUUUUUAAAAUGAAAGAUUGUAUUUUAUUGUUCAUAAAUCUAAACUAUUUUUGGAUGGUGUUCAUACCAGAACAUAAAAAAAGAGAAUAUUUUGAGAGUAAAAGUUGUAUAAAGGCCAUUUUGUUAACUGUUAUAUAUAACAUUGAAAAUGUACAAUUCUUUUUUAAAUAAACAAAAAAUAAAAGA